CAACUUACACCAAAAACAGAAAAACAACAAAGGCGACAAAGAAGAAGAAAACCUUCUUCAUCGUUUGAAGUCUCUUCUCUCUUAACUUCUCCCAUUUUCUUUGAACUAAAGAUCAAUAUGGCUCAUAACCAUUCUAAUGAAGACGGCUCUAUUGGAACCUCUUUGCAUGGAGUCACGGCAAGGGAGCAAGUCUUCUCCUUCUCCGUCCAUGAAGAUGGCCCUUCGUCUCAAGCCGUCCGAUCAGACGAUCCAACGGCUAAGUUUGCCUUACCAGUGGACUCCGAGCAUAGGGCAAAAGUGUUCAAACCAUUAUCAUUCGCCAAACCACACAUGAGAGCCUUCCACUUAGGAUGGAUCUCUUUCUUCACUUGCUUCAUCUCCACCUUUGCGGCUGCACCUCUAGUCCCCGUCAUCCGCGACAACCUUAACCUGACCAAAACUGACAUCGGAAAUGCCGGAGUUGCAUCAGUUUCCGGCGCCAUUUUCUCUAGACUCGCUAUGGGUGCCGUAUGUGACCUUUUAGGAGCACGUUACGGAACCGCCUUCUCUCUAAUGCUCACGGCUCCAGCUGUUUUCUCUAUGUCGUUCGUAGCUGAUGCGGGAAGUUACUUAGCCGUGCGGUUCAUGAUCGGUUUUUGCUUAGCGACGUUCGUAUCAUGCCAGUACUGGACGAGCGUUAUGUUCUCUGGAAAGAUUAUCGGACUCGUUAACGGAUGUGCUGGAGGGUGGGGAGACAUGGGAGGAGGAGUGACUCAGCUACUCAUGCCAAUGGUCUUCCACGUCAUCAAACUCACCGGAGCCACUCCCUUCACGGCGUGGAGGUUCGCCUUCUUCAUCCCCGGCAUUCUUCAGAUCAUUAUGGGUAUUCUCGUUCUCACUCUCGGCCAAGAUCUCCCUGACGGUAACCUUAGUACUCUCCAAAAGAGUGGUCAAGUUUCCAAAGACAAAUUCUCCAAGGUAUUUUGGUUCGCUGUGAAAAACUAUAGAACAUGGGUCUUAUUCAUGCUCUAUGGAUUUUCUAUGGGAGUUGAAUUAACCAUCAACAACGUUAUAUCUGGAUACUUCUACGAUAGGUUUAACCUUACACUUCACACAGCUGGUAUUAUAGCAGCCAGCUUUGGUAUGGCAAACUUUUUCGCCCGUCCUUUCGGUGGCUACGCUUCAGAUGUAGCUGCACGGCUCUUCGGUAUGAGGGGCCGGUUAUGGAUCUUGUGGAUCUUACAAACCGUUGGAGCUUUGUUCUGUAUUUGGCUUGGUCGUGCUAGUUCACUCCCUAUAGCUAUCUUAGCCAUGAUGCUCUUUUCCAUCGGCACACAAGCGGCUUGUGGAGCUCUCUUCGGUGUUGCCCCUUUUGUUUCUCGCCGUUCUCUUGGGCUUAUCUCGGGAUUAACUGGUGCUGGAGGAAAUUUCGGGUCGGGAGUUACUCAACUUCUUUUCUUCUCCUCGUCGAGGUUUAGUACAGCUGAAGGACUAUCCUUGAUGGGUGUUAUGGCUGUUGUGUGUUCCCUUCCGGUUGCGUUUAUACAUUUUCCGCAGUGGGGAAGCAUGUUCUUGAGGCCAUCGCAAGACGGAGAGAUAUCAAAGGAGGAGCAUUACUAUGGAGCGGAAUGGACAGAGGAAGAGAAGAGCUUAGGGCUACACGAGGGAAGCAUUAAGUUUGCUGAAAACAGCCGGUCAGAGAGAGGCCGCAAGGCGAUGUUGGCUGAUAUUCCAACGCCGGAAACUGGAUCUCCGGCUCAUGUCUAGUGAAGGAUAGUCACAUUACAUCUUUUUCCACAUAUAAAUAACCAUCAAACUUAGCUUUAUAUUUCCUUGUUUUAUGUUCCUCUUAUGAAAGAUGUACCGAGUAAGAUCCUGACUUGAUAAGUGAGGUUCAGUGAGCCCGGUGCUCGUGAUGUAAAAUGCCGUUUGAUAUAAGGCUUAUGCAUCAAUUUUCUUUCUGUUUUAUCAACAAGCCGUGUCUUUAAAAGUCUUCCAAGAUCACAUUACUAAUUUAAAGAAAUCGAUCAAAUGCUG